CGUAAUCGAUUUCAACAACUUGAACAGAAGAGAGAGAGAGAGAGAGAGAGAGAGAGAGAGAGAGAGAGAGAGAGAGAGAGAGAGAGAGAGAGAGAGAGUAAAGGAAGGGAGAGUAACGAAGCCCUAAUUUAAAUCUUCUCGUCUGAUCUGAAAAGUUCCAUUUACUCAAAUUCUUUUUUGGAUUUCUCUCACAUGGCGUUUCGAAAAAACUGUGGGCUGGAGCUCUUGGCAGCUUCUCUGACCCUAACCUUUGUUCUGAUUAACCUGGUGGAUGCGAACUCAGAUGGAGAUGCUCUCUACGCUCUUCGACAGAGCUUGUCGGAUCCCGACCAUGUGCUCCAGAGCUGGGAUCAGAAUCUUGUUACUCCGUGCACCUGGUUCCAUGUCACCUGUAAUCAAGACAACCGCGUCACUCGUGUGGAUUUGGGUAAUUCAAACCUUUCUGGACAUCUUGCCCCUGAGCUUGGGAAGCUCGAACAUUUACAGUAUCUGGAGCUCUACAAAAACAACAUCCAAGGAACUAUACCUUCUGAACUUGGAAAAUUGAAAAGUCUCAUCAGCUUGGAUCUUUACAACAACAAUCUUACCGGGAAGAUCCCUACUUCCUUGGGGAAAUUGAAGUCUCUGGUCUUUCUCCGGCUCAAUGACAACCGAUUGACCGGUUCAAUCCCUAGAGAACUGACGAAAAUCCCAAGCCUUAAAGUCUUUGAUGUGUCGAACAAUAAUUUGUGUGGAACUAUCCCAAUAGAAGGACCUUUUGAACACAUUCCUUUGGAGAACUUUGAGAACAACUCGCGAUUGGAGGGACCGGAACUACUCGGUCUUGCAAGCUACGACACCAACUGCAACUGAAACAACUUUUUAAAAAAUUGGGGAUGGAUCUUGUAAGAACACUUCACCACUUUUAUCAAAUAUCACAUCUAUUAUUAUGUAAUAAGUAUAUAUGUAUGUCGGUAGUUGGAAAAACAAAGAACAAAAAAAGAGCCCAAAGACUACUGGUGUCUGUUUAAGUAAUAACAUAUACAUGCGUUUUGUGUGUGUAGUGGCACUGAGAAGUAAUAUUGGUAUUGGUAGCAAGUUCUGCA